AAUCAUUGUAGAUAAUUUAAGGAUUACAUCCAGGGACAAUCCCAUAGGAUUUGCCUCACAUUUAUAGACUUUAAGAAACGAUCUGCAUAACAGAAUCUCCAAUAAUAUCAGACAUAGGAACUGCAAGCCUGGAGUAUACACAAUUAGCCAAAGCACCUACUUAAUUUGUGGGAUUCUGGUUUUCUUGUUAAUAUGAAACAGACAUUUUAAGCACUUUAUGUUUAAGUUCUGUAACUUAUGAUAACUCGAUAAGCAGAAAAGGCUGGUUAGUUUCUGUAAUUAUGAAACGCUCUGUCAAAUCGUGAAUGUUUGAGGGAUAAAAUAAAAGAGCAUUACAGAUACAUUUGUGUGGUUUCAUUUGAAAAUGAAUCUCGAAUAAUGGAAUACAUUUUGAGGAGUUAAUAGAUGAAAUAUUCUAUGAAGGAAUGUUGUUAUUUGAGAAAAUGUAUGCAUUAACAGCCGAAUUAUGAUAUGACAUCAAUCUGUGAAUUACGUGCAACAACAAUUGGAUUAACAUUAAUAUAAUAUGGCAAAUUUAACACCAGCAGUGGAUAAUAUUGAUGUUACCAUGACAACCAAUCCAGUUGCCAUAGAUACAGUCACAUUGUCUGAUGCUAAACUCAUGACACAUUCUAUGCCUGUGACUCAUAUAAAAUCGACUUUGGACCCUUCAUUGGAGAUGGACUCUAAAGGGGGUGUUUCCAUGGUAACAGAUUUACCCAACAGUGCAAUAGAAAUCCUACCAACCCCUACCCUAUCGCAAUUAUCAUUAACUAAAACUUUAAACCCUGAACCUGCAGAACAGUAUCAUUCCAUUAUAACGGAUAAUGCGCAACUUAAAAGCACACAGACUUCAACACCAUAUUUGGAUGUAUCUAAAACAGUUACCAUAGGAACGCAAGUUGUUACCCCGGGAACAGCACCAGUGUCAUCAACCUCAACAAUACAACAGCAAUUUGAUGUAUUAAAAUCAGACAAUUCUGCAUUGAACAGUACAGAAACAGAAUUACUCAGUGGAACUCUACAUUCUCUAACACCCAAUGCAGGAAUGUUAUUAACUUCAAGUGUAUUGCCAACAACUUCAACCUCAAUUAAUUCUCCCUCGAAGACUGAACCAUUGACCUUAAAUUCUGAAGCAACCUCGAGUGUUAGAAUGAAUACUCAAAGUGCAUCACUUCAUAUAGAUACUGGAGUAACUUUGUCUGGAUCAACUUUAGAAACUUUUUCUGGAUCAACUUUAGAAACUUUACCAAUAUCAACUUUAGAAACUUUAUCUGGAUCAACUUUAGAAACUGAAUCUCCAAAGUUAGGCUCUACUUUAAAUACUCAUAUGAAAUCUUCAGAAACUCUAGAACCAUCUGGUACAGGUAUAGAUUUAGAGAAGACUGUUUCUGCCACAGUGCCAUAUGCUAGUGCUUCCAAGUUUAACUCGGUGCUAAAUAUGUACACUGACUUACCGAAUCUUAAUCCUGAGCAAACUAAAUCAACUCGAGAUUUUUUCUCAACUCAAACUCUUCCAAGAGAAUCUCAUAGUGUAGUGCCUACAUCACCAUUAAGUGCAUUUCAGUCAAGUACACUUCCAGUUGAAAGUGCAAUUCCAAUUCCACCAGUGGAUAUAGUCCCAUCAUCGAAAAUACCGACUCCAGUAUUACCCAGCAUUCUAGACUCUAGUAAAGGGACCAAUGAGAUUGCAGGGAUUCCACCCAUGAUUCCAUCAUUUACUCGGAGGGUGACGUCAACUUCAACACCCCCUAGUGAGGUUGCCAUAGCAAGCUCUCCAGAGCCAGUGCCUACCAUUGGUGGUGUGUCCUUAUUGACUAUAAUUCUGCCAAUUGUUGGCAUAGUGAUAUUGGUUGCUAUAGUAAUGACCGCUGUUUGUUUAUGGAGAAGGAAAAAGGGACAUGGGCCAUCAAAUCGUCGUAAAGCAGUUAACCACUCAAAAGAUAAUCGGGAUAUAACCAUAGAUGACAUUCUGCCUGUUUUACCCCCAGAUUCUCCCAGCACCGCUGAAAGCACACCGCGAAAAAGACUCUACAGGGUAAAACAUGAUUAUGUUGCCCUUAGUGAUGACCAGUUGAGCAUCGAGGCUGGUGAGCUCAUAGAGGUCAUGCAAGAGCAGGGUCAAGGUCACCAGUGGGUCAAGGGCAAGCAAGGAAACAGGGAGGGGAUCAUUCCAGCAAACUAUAUCGAACCAACAGAUGACCCACCUAUGGCAGUUACUCAUUUUGUGAAUGAACUUUCCCCCUAUGCAGAAUCCCAUGUACAGACAAAGCUAACCCACACUGCUAUAUACCCUUACACAGCUAAGCAUCCAGAGGAGCUCAGUUUGAAACCUGGUGACCUUUUGAUCUCAAUUGACCUUGAUGACCUUGGCUGGAUGAAAGGUCAGCUGAGGUCAGGGUCAACUGGUUGGUUUCCUGCUUCAUAUGUUGAAGAAAUUGGACAGAAUGCCUCACAGAGUGAAAAUAUUGACCUAUACGGGACACUGAAAAGGAAUAAAUUGUCCAGCUCAAGUGAUGAUGUCCUCUCAGUUACCAGUAGCAACAGCAGUGGGGACUAUAUAGCUAUAGAACAUGUGGCUCUAUAUCCCUACACUGCUCAACAGGAGGGGGACCUGUCAUUCUGUGCUGGUGAUACCAUAACAGUACUACAGGUGUUGGACAAUGGCUGGUGGAGGGGAUGCCUCAAUGGAGAUGAGGGUUGGUUUCCUGGCUCUUAUUGUCAGCUGGUUGAGGACUAUACCUUUCCCUGCAGUUCCCCUGAACAAGACUCUGAUUAUAUGCCCCUGGUAGACUUCAAGCCUGCUCCUGCGACAACCAGUCCCUACGCUGCCCUAGACACACCAAAUAUGGGCGUUUCUAACAAUGGCUUUGAUGAAAAUGCUCCACAAGGAAAGAAAAUGACCCCCACAAGAAAAGCACCCGUGCCUCCUAAAGCUGCUAAGAAACUCAGCCCCACAAGGAAGGCACCCGUCCCUCCAAAUGACAUCAAGAAGCUACGCCCUACAAGAAAAGCCCCCUCACCCCCCAAAGGACAGCCGACAAGAGUGAAAUCCAGAUAUAUGGUUACAGAUAAUGACACAAAUGUAACAAACUCACCUUCAGAGGAGGACACUCCCAUGAAAAACACUGAGAGUGAAUCAGAAUGUUCUCCUGUUAAACGAAAACUUGAAAUCUCAACUCCACAACUUGUAAGCUCAACAGUGCGGGAGUCAAAACUAGGAGAGGAUAUUAUUCAACCAGUUUCAGAACCUCAGUUACAGAGUACAACGAUGCGGGCAUCAAAAAUGGGUGGAGACAUUAAAAAAGAGGAGAAACCUCAAAGGCCUGAUAAACCCCCAUUGCCAAUUCGGUUUGUGGAACCGAAAUUUGUGAAAAUUCCUAAAAAUAGUUUAAAGUUGAACACUGCUCAGACUCCACGAAACAGAGCUGUUCCAAAACCCCCACCAAGGCCUCCUCCCCCUAAGUUAGCCAAAAAAGCUGUUACACCAACUAGACCUCCUCCCCCUCAGAGUCCUUUACGUAAGGAAUCAGAAAAUGUAUUCUUAAAAAGACCUGGUGGGGCAAAAACUGAAAGACCCACAGAACCUAUUAAAAAGAGAUCCAAGAAAGGACCAAAAGAAAGCAAUGUGCCAGUGAUUAUUGAAGAAAAACCUAGUAGGCCAUCGUCGUUAGAUUUAAACAAUAUGGAUGUUAACAUAAAACAGCCUAAGAAACCUCCCAACAGGCCUCCCCCUUUGAAUAUCCCCUCCCCUGGUCGAGAACAGGAUGUUGACUCAUUAAAUGUAGAGAGAAGGGAGGAUAAUAUUACACCACUGAUUGACCCGGAAUUUCUGCCGUUUAGUGAGAAAUCUCUCCCUCCUAUACCCCCUCCCCCUAAUGUAGCACAAUCUAAGCCGAAACCAGCCCCGAGGACAACUGUUUUUGAUGAUUUGAAAUCAAACCUGAAGGUAAUGGCCAAAGAGAGGUCAAAACUUACUCCACUUAGAAUGUCAAGGUCAUUGAGUGAUGAGACUAUUAAUCAACCAAUCAGGCCACCCCUUCCAAAGGUCAUGUCUCCAAGGUCACAGGUGCCUCCUGGUGACUGGACUAAACAACUAGAUCACGAGGGGUUACAAGAUACAAAAACAGAACAACUUGGGGUUGACCAUAUUGAAAUGACUGAAUUAGGGAAAAAUUCUUCAAAGAGUCCACUGACUAAGUCCAUAUCAGACCAGGGUCCACAAAACAGGAACUCUCAAUUGAAUAGCCCUAUAAAUUCAUGGAAUAGGAAGUACGCAUCAUCUGCGAAAGCUCCCACCCCUCAGCCAAGGACUUCUUUAAUGAGGCUUAACUCAAAUGGAUCUGAAAUUAGUGAAUCGCCAAGUCUAGGAAACACACCAAUAAGUGCAAGCAAUUCAGAAUCAUCAUUAGCUAGCCAACCAAUCGGAGGCUAUAAUUCAAACACACCCCCUAGAUCCUUGGGAAGGUCAAGGCCAAGAUUAGGGAUCUCAUCUUUAAAAUCACCAAAAGGUAAAAAACCUGGUGACCCAUUUUUGUGUCAUAUUGAUGAUGAGGGGGGUCACGUAAAACAGAAUAGUAUUAGUGGUUUAUCGAGCGAUGGAAGCAUAUUAGAGGAACCAAUCAGAGUUGAAGGUAGUAAUGGAAUUCAAAAUGGUGCUAAAAGUGAAAAUAAAAACACAACUGGCGACAACUUUCAUGAAAAUCGAUCGUCAGUGAAUAACAAUGAAGCCAUCUGGACCAACUUGAAGGAGAUUAUGAUAUUUGAUGGGGCAAUAUGUCACAACCAGGACAAUGGAAAAGAUAUCAAAAUAUAGAUUAGUUGAUGAAAUGAAAUUCAACAACAUUACAACAAUGCAAUUAAACAACAUUACAACA